AGAAACUGCACGUUGAGGCUUCCAAUCGCCUAUCGAUUUUUUUAAAAAAAACUAUAACUCCCAUAAUGCUUUCUUAGACAUGCGCUGACACGUGCAAGACGAGAACGGAAAUGCGUGCGUAACUCCAUAAGACCCGCCUCUCGCCAUCGGACGCCAUUUUGUUGCCGACUUUCACCCGCCGUACGACGGUGCUUUUUUUCUUAAAGGAGAAGCGACAAUGUUUUUUUUUUUUAAAUCCCCUGCAAGUAUGAAACACAGGAAACUGCGGUCGAUGUGAAAAGGAGGAAACAAGUUUCUGGAAGGUACCUCCACUCUAUCCCUUUUACUCUUGAAAAUAGAACCUCGGGGAUAGAAGACCGCGGGGCGUGUUGUGAGGAAGAGGAGGAGGAAGAGAAGAAGGGGGGGGGGUGCGACGGCAAUAAGACGAGCGAUACUUCUAGUUUUAUUGCGGUCACUGCAGAGCAAUAAAUGUUCUGGAGUUCAGGAUAAAGCGCGUGGUACAUAUUUACAAACGCUUUCUCGGUGGGCCAACGGAGGGCAUUUAAUUUGGCGCCCAGGAGGUAACUGUUAAAACGGCUCAGUUAUGCGAAGCGCGCGCCACGGCCAGAAUUCCGACAGCGCACCCGCGCGUCCCCGGUGAACCUCGCCCGCUGAUUGGCCCGGAGAGAACCAGCCCGGCUUGCCCGCUGUUAUUGGCUCGACUGGGAGAGAGGUGGGUGAGGUGUGUGUCUUUGCAUUUCUCUCCUGAUUGGAUGACACGGAGAGCUCUUACAUCCUGCUUGAACUCCGAACCUGCUCUUGAUUGGCCGAAAUCACGCGAGGGGCGGGAGCUCCAUAUAGAGGCGGAGUGAACGGCGGGUGCUGCUGUCAGAACCGGGGGGGUGAGCCGCUGUUGGGGCCUCCUCCGCUAGCUGCUCUAAUGCCGGGGGCGCCCGAGCAGGCGGAGACCCAGGAGGAAGAACCAGAGCAGCAGCAGCAAGAGAGAGAAGAGGAACGGACUCCGCCUCUUAGCGGUCGCCGGCGUCCCCUGCCCCCUCCCAUAGUCUCCGCCGAGCAGGGGGCGGAGUCUAGCGGCAGUCGGGUGCUCCGUGGAUGUCGGGAGCGCGGACGAGCGGCAGCUGCCGCCGCGGCCGCCUCCCGCCGAAGAAAGGCCGAAUAUCCGCGCCGGCGCCGAAGCAGCCCCGGCGCUCGGCAGAACCAAGAGCCGGAGGAGUUGCCGCCUGAAACUGGAGCGCCGCCCUCAGCCGCUGCACCUUCUGGGACUACCGGUCGGAAGGGAACGCCACGCAGCUCGUGCUUGGAUAAAGCAACAGUGAAAGAUCCCAAAGAAGAGACAGAAGAGAAGGAAAUUUCCACUACUGCAGCAGCUGGCGCCUCAGUCACUACAACUAAACCUAGUCGGGGUUGGCGUAGCAACAGGGCAACUACGACUGUUCAGCAACAUGAUGUAGAGAAUUCCCGGAGUUCCAGAUCAAAGACUGGGUCCCUGCAACUCAUUUGCAAAUCAGAACCAAAUGCAGAUCAGCUAGAAUUUGAAGUUACUGAAGAGCAUUCAUCUCCAACUAGAAUCAGUGAUGAAGAAGAAAUGCUCAUCAGUGAAGAAGAGGUUCCCUUCAAAGAUGAUCCCAGAGAUGAAACUUACAAGCCUCAUUUAGACAGAGAUGCUCCAAAGCAAAGAAAAAAAACUGGGAAGGGAAAAGAAGAAAAAGAGAAACAGAAGGAGAUUAAAGUGGAGGUGGAAGUGGAACUUAAAGAAGAAAGUGAGUUUCGAGAAGAUGAAGAUCCACCUAGGAAGAGAGGAAGGCGGAGAAAAGAUGACAAAAGCCCACGACUUCCUAAAAGAAGGAAGAAGCCUCCAAUACAAUAUGUACGUUGUGAAAUGGAAGGAUGUGGCACAGUUCUUGCACACCCUCGCUACUUACAGCAUCAUAUCAAAUAUCAACAUCUGCUGAAAAAGAAAUAUGUAUGUCCUCAUCCCUCUUGCGGAAGACUUUUUCGGCUCCAGAAGCAACUGUUGCGGCAUGCCAAACAUCACACAGAUCAAAGGGAUUACAUUUGUGAAUACUGUGCCCGUGCUUUCAAAAGUUCCCACAAUCUGGCAGUUCACCGAAUGAUCCACACAGGCGAGAAGCCAUUACAAUGUGAGAUCUGCGGAUUCACCUGCCGGCAGAAGGCCUCACUAAACUGGCACAUGAAAAAACAUGAUGCAGAUACCUUUUACCAGUUUUCAUGCAAUAUAUGUGGAAAGAAGUUUGAGAAAAAAGACAGCGUUGUAGCACAUAAAGCCAAGAGUCACCCAGAAGUGCUUAUUGCUGAAGCACUGGCAGCCAACGCAGGGGCUCUCAUUACCAGCACUGACAUCUUGGGUCCUGAUACAGAGUCUGUUGUCCAACCCACGGAUGGCCAGGGCCUUCCCCUUCUUCCAGAUCCCAUUGGAAACACCACUCCUGCAGAAUGCCUAUUGCUGAACUCUGAUGGGAUGCCUAAGGCCUACUGCAGUGGGGGUGACCGGGUCAACCUGAUGGCUGAUGGAAAAAUAUUUGUUGGCAGUGCUAGUAGUGAGAAUACAGAAGGGCUGGUAAUCAAUACAGAGAUUCUUGGAGCUACCACUGAAGUUCUAAUUGAGGAUUCUGAUUCUGCAGGACCAUAGUGGGAGCAGAGCCACACACGUGCAUUGGGACAACUUGAACUUGUAUUUAAAACAGAAUAAAUGGGGAGAAGCAACUUAUUCAACAUAGAGAAACUAAACAUAAAUAAAUUACUAGUCAGAUAACUAAAGGACCUCCCCCCCCCCCUUUCUGACCCAGCUCACCCCUUUCUUGCAGAGUGGAUCACUACACUACAUAUUUUUCACUGUUUCCUUCUUGGAGAGGAAUGUUGCCUUUACACAGAGAUUGACAAAGCAAAAGAAUUCUUGCAAUGCAGGAAAGGGAAGCAACUAAGCCUAUCCCUUUCCCAGCCCUCCCAAAGUAAGCAAACGUCCAGCUUCUUGACCAUAUUGCAAGAUUGAAAAUGCUUAUACUCUGGACCAAUAUUUCAUUCUUGAAACUCUAUUCUGUUCCUCCAGUUGUAUCAACCUGUUCUAUGCAUUACUAAAUUCUGACCCUUGCAAGCUCUUAUUUUUCAUUUUAGAGCUUGGGGAUAUAGCUUGGCACUUUAGAACCCCUCCUUAGGAUGAGCUGUAAAACAGUAUAUUUUCCCCAUAUUUUGUAUCUUCCCAUCCAUAAGAAAAGAGAAGGGAUCUUGAAAUGUUGGUGCUUGCUUUUUGAAAGAGGAGUGCCAUCUUUCUAUAUAAUUGCUCUGGUGCAAAACACCUGUGGGAGAAUCAGAAUGGGUGCUAGGCUUAUAAAAGAAAACUUGCACUUUGUACAUGUCUUUUUUUUUAAGUUGUGAUGAAUUCCUUAUUUAUUUGCCUUCUUAAAAGGGGUCUAUUUUUGUUGCUAUCUAGAGAAAGUUUUUGUUUCAAAACUGAACAUCCUGUGUAAGGGAUAUAAAACAGAACGGGCUUCUUCAACAAUCUAUGUUUAGGAAUUCUUAUUCAGUCUGAGUGAAGGAAAUACUUGUGGAGCAGGAUAGGUAUUUAGCACCCUCUCUAGUGAACUGUGAGGUUUCAGCAUUUAUUGUUUAAGGAUGUAAUGGCUGUUCAAGAAAGUUGUGUCAUAUAUUCUCUCACUAACCAUCCUACUAUUUGCUCACUUACUCUGUGGUGCUUUUCUUUUCUCUCUGACGUUGAUGGUCUAAUGCCAUUAACAGGAAGCUUUGUCUUGAAGAAGUUAUAUUAACUGCUUUAAAAAGCUUUGGCUGCUAACAUGCUCUGCCUCAUGAGACUUUGAUAUAACUCUUCAAACUUCAUAUAGGGACAUUAUUUGAUUUAGAGUGGCUGCAGCACCAGCUUUACUCAGCAUAAUAUCCACUAUUCUCAAAUAUAUGCAAUUAUUUCUGUGGAAUUUGACUAUCACCAGACAGGUCUAGAUCUGGAGGGGAUAGAGUUAAAAAAACAUGGAAAUAUCUUAAAUUUAUUUAUCACAUGUUUUACAUAAAUUCUUCACUGUUACCUGAGAGCUUAUGAUGGUACAAUAUCCUGAUAGUACUUCUCUAUUAAUGACCUGACAUAUUUAUGUGAUCAAGAAGUAAAAUGAAUUUGCAAUUUAGACUUUAUUUUGGAGCUGUAUCCUGUAUAGUUCUAAUCCCUGCUGUAUAGUGCUGGCUGGCAUUAACUGCAAUUAUUCCCAGCGGAUCUUUUUACAAUGCUAAUUAUCUGGAAGGAAGACUUAUAGUUUGUUUGUUACGUUGAAGCCAAGAAUCAACAGGGUCUAAAGUGAAGCAGUUACUGCAGUUCAUUACAUAUUUUCUGUGAUUCCUGCCUGCCUGGCUGGACGCUUGACAGCCAUUCAGAUAUAUAAUGUGUAGGUGGCAUUGCAUGCAGCUCAGGACUGCAUGUUCCACAAGACUGCUACUGCUACAAAUUGUAUGAUUAACAUUGAUGCGAGAAAAGUAUUUGGAGCUGAAAAUGUGUGCAUACUACUGAGGAAACUGACGUCUAUCUUGAUUACAGUAUGCAGUAUUUUGCUAGGGUAAUGACAAAUUACAAUAUGAGCCCUAUUUGGCAAAUUACUUGAAGUAUUUAUUCUGUUUGGCUAUCUAUCUCUUGCCUGUUUCUAGCCCCCGCCCCUUCAUUGGGUGCAAGUGUGGUUUUAUUACAAUAAUAAUUAUAUUUAGCCAGGAUAGCCAUCUGCACUCUAGAUGAAAACUUCUGAUUUAGAUUUGUGAUGACUGUCUAUCAACUAAUAAUAAUUCCUUUAAUUUUGUUCCCGUCACAACCAUAUGAUUUUGAUUCAAUCACAGCUGCAGCAAAUUAUUUCUAUUUUCUUCUGGUAACACCUUCCCCCCUCCCCUUCUUUUGUUCCUUCACGGGAAGAAGCAUGGUGCUGGGAAUUGAACUUGUAUAAUUUUCUCUCUACCAAAUGGAUAGUUUACAGUAACUAAUGUAACAUUGUUCCACUCCAUAUACAGUUGCGUAGUCUAGUAAUAUCUAGUAAGCUCACUCUGGUUCUCUAAGAGUUGGACCCCCUUCUUGUUAAUAUUAAAGGAUAGUUCAUAUCACUUUUUGUCAGAAGUUGACAAAAGAACUUUUUUUUGUCACCUGAAUAAGAAUUCCCUUUUUCAGCCUUUAUUUUACUACAACCAAUAUAACUGGUGAGAACACGAGGGUUUGGUGUUUUUCAAGGACUAGUCUUCUAUUGUGUGAAAAGUACUCUUCCUACUUCAAAUAGUUUCUGAAAAAUGGCACAAUGCUGAAAUCGUUGCAGCUGGAGAGAAUUGUCAGAUCUCUGGUAAUAUGGUAGUGAAGACCAGGGAGAACUGCACUAGCAUUGUGAAUCCUACCAGAGAGGACAGGAUUUGCAAUUUUUAGCAGAACUACCUGAAGUAGUAGCCACUGAGUGGCAACAGACCUGUGUUGCAUUGUGGCACACCCCUAUUUUUUAGAGUUAAAUAACAGAUGGUUGAGUUAACAAGUCUUUGAUUCCUUAAAAGCCUUGUUGGCGUACAAAAUUUUCAGAAAGUGAUAGUGGAGAUUUAGAUGAGGUGCCAAGAUGGAGGGGCAGUGAUCCAUGUUCAUAAAAGUUUGUGUAUACAGAAGUAAAUAAAACAAUUAAAAGGGAUGCUUUGUUUUUUCAUGUCAUGUCUUUAAAUUCAGGAAGCCAUAACCAAAAUAAAUACUUAAAGGGAAAAGCAGUCUGUGUCAUGUUACAUGCCAACUACCGGUGCAUGGCAAAUGUUCACAAAUGAAAUAGCUUCCCACACAUCGCUGUAAUGCAGGUCUUUCUGCAAUGUCCUGCUGCUGAAGAUUGCCUAUGAAGGAAGCAACAAUGGGAACAUGUGGCUAAAUGGAGCACUGGAAUCAACUACCACUGUCACAAAGGAAUGCAUUUUUAAAAAAUGUGUCUGACUCUUAUUUGAAUGGUUAACUAAUUACAUAAUGCCUGUGAAAUUACCUCUUAAUAUAUUGUGAAGCUAUCCAAAAAAAGUGUGCAUUACUUUUGGAAGUAUUCCCUAUUACAGAAUUAAUAAGAGUAUUGUUUAUGAUUCAGUAUGUUAUUUUAAAGAUCACAGCUUGAAGAGAAAUAAUCAUGGCUGAAUAAUUCUUUUGGAGCUGUUGGGAAAAAUGGGAUGUUCCUUAUCCGACAAACAGAAUUUAUACAUGCCCUGUAAAUUCAGUUCAGAAGAGAGGAAGUUGCCAUUUUCUUCUGAGAUUCCUGAAUAUUCUGGAUAAUAAAUUUCUUCCCCUUUUUACCCAAUGUGGGGGAUUAUGUGCAUCAGCUCCAGAGAUGACAUUUCUGAGGAAUGGAAUGUAUUUGAUCAUGCAUUGGCUAUGUCAGUGACAUUGGUUCUGUAACAAUUGAAUUUGGACUAUCUGUCCAAAUAUGUCAUAAAUCAAUAUAAUUCUAAAAUAUCCUUCAAAGAGUCAGAACAUAAAGUUCAUCAUAAAGACAACAAUAUUGUACUCAGCAUUUCUGAUAUCUAUUAGAAAAAGGAAACCAAAUUGGAAACAUCUUCCCAACUUAAAUUUUUUUGAAAGUAUUCUGUAUAGAAUUCUGUCACGCUGAGUCACUUGUUGAGAUGGAUAAUUAUCAAAUUGGUUAAAUAAAUUUCAUUAUAGUAGAAUGUUGAAGGAAAUUGAAGCAACCUACUUCAUUUAUGUUUCUGUUAAGAUGUAAUAGGGUACUAAAUGUCUAAAAGAUUGCUAGCAUAUAAAGACUUGUUUCAAAGUAUGUCAAACGUAGUGGUGUUAGUAUGUUUUUUUAAAAAAAAAAAAAACAAUUGUACCAUAUAGGAAUGUGAUAAAUUAGAGAGGAGGGAGCUAAAAAGAAAUGUUUGGUGAAAACCAGUGAGUUCAAGCCAGAUUCUUGAAGUCUGCUAUAUUACGCAAUAACAUUGGUGGAUAGGAUUUUUUUUCAUACUGAUGGAGUUAUACAUUUAGUACUUGAAACAAUUGACAAGAACAUGAUGCAGAAAUCAACUUAGAAUAGGAACACUUCAAUGCCAUCUUAAAACAGAUUAGCAUACUCUUAUUAGGAAAGCAGAAUAAUAUAGCUUGUUUUGCUAAUUGGAAAUGAAUUAUGAAGCAAUUAUGAGACUGAAAGCCAGCUGGGUGACUUUGGAGCCAGUCAUACUCUCAGUCCAACCCAAAUCACAAGGUGAUUGUUGGGGGGGAAAUAGGAAGAGGAAGGAGUAUUUUGUUUUUUAACUACCUUGAAUUACUUCUAAAAUAAUAAAGCCAGGAUAAAAAUCAAAUUUUCACUCACAAAUCCAGUAUAGUGUAAUGGGAGCUCUGAUAGUUCCUCUUGAAAAGUUCAUGACUUCAUAAGUGCUGGCUGGAGAGUUGUAGUUCCUUUGGGAAUUAAAGUUUGAAUUGUGCAGAAUACAUUAUAAACAGUUUUUUGAUGGAUCAUUACAAGGCUUAAAAUUCAGUAUCCGAUUGUUUGAUUUGUUUUGGAUUACUAAAACAAGAAAACUUACAGCUUUAUAGAGGUUGGAUCCUGAUUAUCUUCUAUUUUGAUUUUACUAAAAUAUGCAGUCUGAGCUAUGAAAACAAGUGCCAGAGCUGACCAAACUGACAAACCCCAUGACAUGCCUAAUACAAUCAUGCAAAACAAUAGUUUGAUGGUAAUUUUUUGCUACAAAACUACUUUGAGGACAUUUUGCAGUUAAUAUUGUUAUAUUUCAUCUUUUAUAUGUCAUUUCAUUUUCCUACAAUGUUAAUUUCAUUUAAAUUAUUUAGUAGCUUACCCUUUAUGUUUGAAUGGCAGCUUUUAUGACAAUUAUGAAAGCAGCAACAAUAACAUCAAAC